AUGUUUCCAAUCGGAAAUCUGCUGGAUGCCUCGCUCCUCCCACUUUUCCACAUAGUCGCAGCCUUGCUUUCCACAAGUACCUACAGAUCCACAGCCUUGCUCUCGACCCAUGGCACGAAGUCCGAGGUAGCCGUCUACCAUAAUUUCAAAUCUCCUUUCUACGGCCACAAUCCUCCUCUGAAGGCUCCACAUAGCUCAACCAUCUCGAGCGUUCCAGGAGCAGCGCAAAGAAUCGUCUCCUUCACGGAGAGACCACAUCCAUCAACGUCCUGCAAAAGAAGAAGCCCAAUGUGGAAAGAUUCAUCAGCAGAAGCCCACCUCAAUAUCAUACCGGCUCUUGUCGACGCUUUAUCUUUAGGUGUAUGUUGUGUUGAUCCUUCCUCUGUGAUGAAGAAACAACAGUCCAUAAUUGUCGGGUUAUCCACAGAUUAUGUUGACUUAGAUUCUGGAGUACUGCCAACUUACCGCUGUACCUCUGAAUCUACAUCCGCAGCUCUAGAGUAUUGCCAGCUUACCGGCGUAUCUCUGAACUCCCUCCCCUCCUUUUUGGAGAAAGCCUUUCAACGCUCAUCAGGAGCUAUCAUCGUUCACUUGUCUUCAAGGACAGAAGAACUUGCCCUUUCUAAAGGGAUCUCGGUUAUUUUCUACGAAUCUAACCUUUUAUCUAUCUUUAGCAUGCUUUGUACUUUGCUUCUCGCACCUUGUUCGGACUCUUUGGCAUCGAGCUUCCGAUUUUGGUUUGUAACCGGUUUCUAA